AUGUCUAUUGAACUUGGACACGGCUAUAUCAUGUCUAUUGAACUUGGACCCGGCUAUGUCAUGUCUAUUGAACUUGGACGUGGCUAUGUCAUGUCUAUUGAUCUUGGACACGGCUAUGUCAUAUCUAUUGAACUUGUACGUGGCUAUAUCAUGUCUAUUGAACUUGGACACGGCUAUAUCAUGUCUAUUGAACUUGGACACGGCUAUGUCAUGUCUAUUGAACUUGGACACGGCUAUGUCAUGUCUAUUGAACUUGGACACGGCUAUGUCAUAUCUAUUGAACUUGUACGAAGAAAUGAAAAAGAUAUCAUGUCUAUUGAACUUGGACACGGCUAUAUCACGUCUAUUGAACUUGGACACGGCUAUAUCAUGUCUAUUGAACUUGGACACGGCUAUGUCAUGUCUAUUGAACUUACCGGUCAUGUCAUUGAACUUGGCGGCUAUGUAUGUAUUGAACUUGGACACGGCUAUGUCAUGUCUAUUGAACUUGGACACGGCUAUGUCUUGUCUAUUGAACUAGGAGGAGGCCAGAGAAGGAUAAUUAAAAGUAUUUAG